AUGUGGAGAUUCAUGACAGCAACCGUUAUUGGAUCAAUUGGUACUUUGUCAAAAUUAUUUUUGGGCUAUUUCAAUGACACGAAAGUACACGGGCUCGAACAAUUUUUGCGGAUUUUGCAGGACCCACAACGUAAGAAAGGUAUUCUUACUGUGUCUAAUCAUGAAUCAGUAUUAGAUGAUCCAGUAUUAUGGGGAGUAUUACCUUUAAGUGUUCUUUUCUCACCCGAAAGAAUGCGUUGGGUACUUGGUGCUGCUGACAUAUGUUAUACUUCUGUCUUUCGAUCUUACUUUUUCGUAUUUGGUCAAACUAUCCCUACCAUUCGCGGCGCGGGCAUCUAUCAACCUGCACUAGAUUUUAGCAUCCAUCACUUACAAAAAAAAGGCUGGGUUCAUAUAUAUCCGGAAGCGAAGGUAUCUCAAGAUAACAAUGGAAAAAUGAUUCGAUUUAAGUGGGGAAUCGGACGAAUUUUGAUGGAUAGCAGCAAUGCUGUUUCUGCAGACACAAUGUCAAAUUCUAAGGAGAUUGAUGGCGACAAUCGAGAACCAGUGAUUGUUAUACCGAUUUGGCAUAAAGGAAUGCAUUUGGUUAAACCGUUAUACGGGACAAAGUUGGCACAUGUAGGCAAGCCUAUUACGAUCGUGUAUGGUGAUCCUGUUUCGUAUGGUGAUAUAUUAGAUUCUUGGAAGUUGGGAAAAUUGACAAGAGAGGAAGCAAGGAUCGAAUUGACUCAAAGGGUAUAUGACGCGAUAGAAAAGCUGCAAAAGGAAUAUGAUAAUAAUACGGCAAACUCGUUAUAG